UAGCUCUUUCCUUUUCUCUCUCAUGGUAGGGUUGUGCGUCAGUUGCCGAAAGGUGGGGACAUUUCCUGAGCCUUUGCAACACUGAGAAGUUGUUGGAUCCCAUUCGGCGUGCUGCGCCUGGAAAGUGCCAGCCUGGAGCGGGAGACCCCCGCUCACCCUCUCUCUGGGUCCUGGCAGCCUCCCGGGCCCCAGGCUUGUGCUUGACCAUGUCCCUGGCCGAGGGCAUCAGCCUCUGGAAUGAAGGGGUACUGGCAGCCGACAAGAAAGACUGGAAGGGAGCCCUGGAUGCCUUCACUGCCGUCCAGGACCCCCACUCCAGGAUUUGCUUCAACAUCGGGUGCGUGCACGUCAUCCUGGAAAACAUGCCUGAGGCGGAGAAGGCCUUCACCAGAAGCAUUAACCGAGACAAGCACUUGGCGGUGGCCUACUUCCAAAGAGGGAUGCUCUAUUACCACAUGGAGAAAUAUGACGCAGCUAUUAAAGACCUUAAAGAGGCCUUGACUCAGCUUCGAGGGAACCAGCUGAUAGACUACAAGAUCCUGGGGCUCCAGUUCAAGCUGUUUGCCUGUGAGGUGUUAUAUAAUGUUGCUCUCAUGCACGCCAAGAAGGAGGAGUGGAAGCAGGCAGAAGAACAUUUAGCUUUGGCGAUGAGCAUGAAGUCUGAGCAGAGGCAUACUAAAAUCGACAAAGCCAUGGAAUGUGUUUGGAAACAGAAGCUGUAUGAGCCCGUGCUGAUCCCUGUGGGCAGGCUGUUUCGACCCAAUGAGAGGCAAGUGGCUCAGCUGGCCAAGAAGGAUUACCUAGGCAAGGCGACAGUGGUGGCGUCUGUGGUGGAUCAAGACAGUUUCUCGGGGUUUGCCCCCCUACAGCCACAGGCUGCUGAACCUCCACCCAGACCCAAAACCCCAGAGAUCUUCAGGGCUCUGGAAGGGGAAGCUCACCGGGUGCUGUUUGGGUUUGUGCCCGAGACGUCAGAGGAGCUGCAAGUCAUGCCGGGGAACAUCGUCUUCGUCCUGAAGAAGGGCAACGACAACUGGGCGACGGUCAUAUUCAACGGGCAGAAGGGGCUCGUUCCCUGCAACUACCUGGAACCCGUCGAGCUGCGGAUCCCCGGUCAGCAGCAGCCCCAGGAGGAAGCCUCCCCAGAGUCUGAUAUCCCAGCUCCUCCCAGUUCCAGCGCUCCUGGAAGACCCCACUUGCCACCCGGUCAAAAAGGAAAAGAAGAGCCCAAGGAAGGAAAGCUCAGCGUUCCCAUGCCCUACACACUCAAGGUACACUACAAGUACACAGUGGUCAUGGAGACGCAGCCCGGGCUCCCGUACAGCCAGGUCCGGGACAUGGUGUCUAAGAAACUGGAGCUCUUGCCAGAACACACGAAGCUGAGCUAUCGGCCUCUGGACAGCAAUGAGCUGGUGCCCCUUUCAGAAGAGAACAUGAAGGCCGCCUGGGGGCAAGUGAAGAACUUCAGCCUGACUCUGUGGUGUGAGAACACAGUGGGUGACCAAGGCUUUCCAGAUGAACCCAAGGAAAGUGAAAAAUCUGAAGCUAAUAACCAGACAACAGAACCACAGCUUAAGGAAGGAGGCCAAGUGGUAGCACUCUUCAGUUACGAGGCCACCCAGCCAGAAGACCUGGAGUUCCAGGAAGGGGACAUAAUCCAGAUUAUAUCAAUGGUGAAUGAAGACUGGCUGGAAGGAGAGUGCAAAGGGAAGACUGGCAUUUUCCCCAAAGCGUUUGUUGAAGAACAUGCAACUACAGGUUUGGAAAGCUCUCCUAGAGGAGUCUAGGAUGUUCCAGAACCUACAAAGUGGGAGAAAAGUAACUAUAAUCACUCGUGAGGUUUGGCAUGCACCUGCAGUACACUGUAGGGAGACAUUGCUGUGAGGAAGUGUUAACUAAUCUACUUUUCCCACUGAAAAUUUAACCUACUACACAAUGAUGUAAAGACUUAUCAUGAUGAUGACCCUGGCGGGUGGGGUGGGAUGGGUGGGUGGAAACGUCUGGAAGGGGAUGAGGGGGUCUUCUAGGGUGCUGAUGUUUCUUGCUUGGAGUGCUGGCUACCCAAAUGUGUUCACUUUGUAAAAGUUCACUGCGCUGUAUACGGAUUAUUGGUGCCCUUCUAUAUGUGAUACCUCAAUAAAAAACUUACAAAAACAAGA